GUCAUUGCAACCGCGGGUCGUUUGCAUAACAGCCCAGCAUGUCAGGAAGCGGAAGCGGGAAGGUAUUUGCUCUUAUUAGUUAUGGCGGAAGUGGUUGAGGAAGACAAGAUUAAGCAUUUUAACGGGGGCUUUGAGAAAAUGGACUCGGAGAGGAGUCGUUUUCCAUACUGCAUCGUGUGGACCCCCAUCCCUGUACUAACAUGGCUGUUUCCUAUUAUAGGACACAUGGGAGUGUGUACCUCCACUGGUGUGAUCCGAGAUUUUGCUGGACCUUACUUUGUCUCAGAGGACAACAUGGCUUUUGGAAAACCAACAAAGUACUGGAAACUCGAUGCUGACAAGGUCUAUGCUAGCGGCCCUAAUGCUUGGGACACAUCUGUGAAUGAUGCAUCUGAAGAAUACAAACAAAGAAUGCAUAACCUGUGCUGUGAUAACUGCCACUCCCACGUGGCAAUGGCCCUCAACCUGAUGCGCUACGAUAACUGCACCUCCUGGAACAUGGUCAAGCUCUGCUUCCUGUGCCUGGUCUACAGCAGAUACGUCAGUUUUGGAGGCUUUCUAAAAACCUGGCUUCCCUUUAUACUGCUCAUGGGGAUCGUCCUCACAGUCACUCUCGCUGUCAACCUGCGGUGAUCGAGACAGAGAGACGAGAGAAAAGAGCAAAACUCUGAGCUGGAGCGCAGAGCUCUCUGCAGCGCAGGUGGGACAGCAGUGCCUGCCUGUGAACACAAAAGCCUUUCUGUGAUAGAAAUCCUUUUCGGUGACUUAGAAAUACAUUUUUUUUUUCUUUAUAAAGAUCCAUGGGUGAUGUUGUUUUUUAAUUUAAUCCAAAUCUACAAAGUUAUAUUGGUCAGUAUGAUUUAACUUAAAGUUCCUGAAUAUCAAAUCUGGAGGAGGAGAGGGGUAGUAGUGAAAUGUUAAUUGACCUCUAGAGGGCUUACUAACGUGAGUGGGCUGGGAUCUGAUGACAACAGUGCAUAGCAUGUGUCUAGCAAUCCAAGAUUAGCUGUUUUUCUCAAGUAUAAUAGAUCUGUAGAGAGGUGCAGAAUGCUAGGUGGAUUCCUGCUGGGGACAGGCAGCCUGUGAAACACCAGCGGAUGAGCGAUGUAAUUGGAGAGAGUGGGAACAGCAGGAGCGACCCCUGCUGUGGGAAUUCUGUCUCCAAACUGUCUCUUGACAUUGUCGUUUGUUUUGCAGACCACGCAGCUCCAAGAAAAGCACUGGGACUGAUGUACAGUGCUUCUAUGUGUUUGUUUUUUUAGCUCCAGUAUAAUUUUGCACCUCCUAAUAAUAAUAAUAAGAAGAAAAUACCUUUAAAGUAAGAAACACAGUCUAACCUGCUGCAUGAAUAAGGAAUGCUCUGCCUGUGAGCUACAGCUGAAGUAAAGCACACAUGGCAAUGGCAGUAUCAUUCUCUUACAGAUGUUUUAGAGGCUGCUCCUAUAUAGGUUAUAUUUCAAUACGGGCUUAAAGGCAAACAAUGGAAAAAUACAAAUAAAUGAAAACGUGAUUUCAGCUAGUAUUAUUUAUUUUUAUUUUUAAAUUAAACUUUUUUUUUUUUUACAUACUUUCCACUGAAGUGAAAGAUUACUUUUUUGUUGAAAACUGAGCUAUACCAUUUAAAAAAAAAAAAAAAUUUAAAUCCAACGAGAGAGAUAGCAUUCCCAUGCAGCUUUCACACCAGCGGCCCCACUUGAACUGGUUGCUAAGACACAGUACCAUUGAUGACCAGAUUAAUCUCUUUAUUGUCGUGGAUCAAACAAAAAUCUGACAUUCUCUUUCACAGCAUAGCGGCCCAUAGCAGCAGGUAGUUUCUUAAGAUCUGUCCCAACUCUCUGCUGCCCUAGUUUAGACCACCCCUUCAAUAACUUUUUAAACUAUUUUGAUCUUUUAAGGAACUCCUUUAGAAAAGAAAAACCCCAAACAGUUCUGUCAUGAGAAGCAAGCUUUGAACGUGAAGUGACAUUUGUCAGUGUCUUCUGUGUUGUCAUGAUUGGAACGUAUUUCAUAGCUAGACUUAGUGCUUAAAGUUAUAGAUCAGAUAGGUGUAUCAAAAUAAUUAGGUCUAAAAGCUGCAAUAUGUAAUCAAAAAAGAGAACCUGUGUAUGCUUGUAAAUAUAAUUGUAUAGUUUAAAAUUCUGUUAUUUCACAGUAUUUUUUAUGGUCCAUCGUAGUUUCAGCUAGAUUCCUUGUGUCCCAAAUGCAAAAGCACCAGCAAAGUGGUAUUGACUAAAAUCCGGUCCCUUCUCCUUUUAAUAAGCGUCAGUGUCCCUCGUACUGUGCUGAGUUUUUUUUUUUUUUUUUUCUUCACUUUGCAGCAUUUGAACCGUAUUAUACAGACAGCCCUGUCCUUUAAGAGCAACCCUGUGUCGGUCCCCUGUCAUACCGUUUCAGUAAAGCAGGGUGUAUUAAGUGGAUUUCUACACAGUCUGACCCGCUACCAAAGCCCACCAUUCAUAGCUCCUUAGCUCCAGAGCAUUUUAAUGGUGACUGUAUUUAAAACUCAAUCUAAGGGUUUUGCUGUUGGCCUCUGUGUCUCCAGUCUCCUCAUUUGGAGUGACUUUACAUUUUUUAAAUAAAUAAAUCCCAGCGCAUGUUGCACCAAGCUUCUCUCUUCCCUAUAUUUAACCGUCUGGAAAAGCAAAGUGGCAGUCGUGGACACAUGCUGCUUCAUUAGCAGGCUGCUGUUAGAAACUGUGCAGUGUAAACUCUUCCAAAUCAAGGGGUAACCUUUAUAGGAAGGAGCUCUCCAGCUGCUGUGGUGCAGAAUGAAACGCUGCUUCAGGCUCUGGCAGGCCAAGUUCAGUCCCUUAGACAUGGCAAGGAAUACAUUGGCUUCUAUAAUUAGUUAACUGCUGUGGAAAGCUGUGAUGUGCUUCUGCAUUAACAGGAAAGACAAACCUGCUCCUUAGAAUGCCCGGCCUAGGGACCAUUUUAAAGUGGGCUUUUGUAAGGUUGGGUAUUAUUUUGAAGCAGGUGCAAAGUUUGCCAUAAGUAGAUAAGUGCUUGCAUUUGGUACAAUUGCGCUGUUAGAUUUAUAAAUACAUUUUAGGUUAUAUUUUAGGCUGGAUUGCUUGUCAGCUUAAGACGCUUUGUAGAAAAGCAUCUGCUAAAUUACUAAUUGAAUUGCAUUUUCCACAGUGCAAUGAGUGCCUCCUUAUUUUAUUAAAGGAAAAACAAAUUGCUAAUGUCUUAAAAGACAUGAUAUGGGUUUGAAAUAUAACAUUAUCUAAACGAAUGCAUUCUUGUUGUGUUCUUAUGUUCUUGUUCAGGAUCACAUUUAUUAAAGCAACCCUUUGCCCUCAGCAGGGACCCGUCCCGCCCUGUCCAGCCACGCCCCGUCCCACCUCGCACAAAUCAAAAGGUGUCGAGAGAGCACCAAACCCUGCAAAAGAAAAUUGCAUUCCAUCAGCGAGUUCAUGAUGAUUUGUGGUGUGCCUAAGAAAUCUGUCAAGAGAAAACCUCAGUCAUGAGCUGGUCCCUUUUGUGUUAGGGUAGCGCAUAGAUAGUGGAGUUUUCCGUUAUUGAUAAUCAUCUGCAAAAUGAUCAUGAUAAUCACGAUUACCAUAAAACCAACCCUUAUAUCAAGUAUACACAUGUUUCUGAGUGACCUUUUACCUCAUAACUAUAAUAAUCACCCCAGUUGUAUGUGAAUUUACAAAAUCAUUCGUUUGGUUCUCCAAGUUUAAUAAAAUUGACAAGAGACAUGUUACAGAAACAUUCAUCAUCUAAAGCAAUACAUAUUUAAAUGUUAAAAAUGUGUUUAUAGAAUCACAGUAAUUGGUGAUUGUUUCAACUCCAUAUGGGAUCUGUAAUGUCAAAGCAUGUGUGCUAUGCUGAUGACCUGUUUUUUUGAAAAAGAAAAUACAAAUAAAUAACUUGCGAGGGUAAUUUAAAAGCUUCCGUGCAGCUUAGUUGUUUCUUGCAUGUUCUGUAACAUAAGCAGUUUCACUAUACAAAAAAAAAAAAAAAAGCUGUACAAUUCUUUGUGAAUGUGGCCGAUAGUGUCGUUCUGGCAUAAUGCUGAAACUCAACAAUGUGAAAAAGCUUGCAUGGAAGUAAAAGGCCCAGAGCUUAUUUGGCCACACAGAGUUUGCAAGUCAGCGUGCUCAUAUCCAAUGCCGUCGCACACAAUGGGCUAGCCUGCUAAGCCGUGGAAGUGUUAUGCAUCCACGGGCUCCAGUGUAGGAAUGCAGAACCCUGGAGUAAACAGUGAUUAGUUCAAAUAUAAGAAGCUAAGUGAAGCAGACCAGCCUUCACACUGAUGAAGGCGUGAGCCCAAACCUUUGUAUACUCCAGUUGGGUUCUUAUGGUUUUUCCUCAGCGCUUAUGAUUGAGUGUUUGAAGUUAUGUUAGAAUAGGCAAAUUCAACCAAACCAGGCAACACUGGGGACUUUGAUGCAUUUUUAUCUUGUGUGUAUUUCUGUCUUCCUUUUUGCACAUUUUUUUUACUGUGAAAUAAGUGUAUCAGUUUGAAUGAAUAUUUUCUUAGAUGUGUGGAAGAACCUGCUAUUACAAGCUGGUGGAUGCUAUAUUCAUGUAAUGACAAUAAAAUAAUGUUUGUUAAAAAAAGAAAAAUAAAAAGAUUGAUUUUGAGACAGUU